AUCAAGUGUAUCAUUAGUGUAGUACGUACUUGGUGGAAGUUUUGUUCGUCGUAUAGCAAUAAUUUUUAUAUUAGUAGCAACACAAUUAAAACCAAACAAGACAUAAUUUUUAUUCAAUAGCGCUAAUUUUAAUAUAUGAAAAGUACAAUUUUGUGGAAAGUCAUGUGAAUUCAUAAUGAAUCGUUCGAAAAGUUUUUGAAGAGUGGAUAUUGUUUAUAUUGGAGACUGGUACCUACUUCCGUCGCUCACGUAAACAUAAAAAACAAUACCGUCUGGAGAAAUGAAAUAUUAAGAAUUUUAUACAAAUUGUGAGAAGAAGAAGCCUUACAAAAUUUCAUUAAUAAUUACGACAGAUGUGGAUUAUUGUUUGGUCAACCAAAAUAAUGUUGAAUUGGUAGUGUCUCAACAACCCAGCCGAAACAACCGUAGAUAUUAGAGACUUGUCAAGGAAAUAGUAGUAGCGUUUACAAUAACAACACUCUGGAAUACUUUUACGUGAGCACAGCCAGUGAACUGCCAAACGCAACGUUUACAUGUUUUUUACGUAACACACGUCAAUUUGAUUGUAACAAUAAUACCAACAGUUAUCUUAACGAUCCGUAUGACUCACAGAAUCUGAACAACUGCAGCAAUAGUGACGAUUCCUUUAUCUACAUCAACAAUCAGAGUCCACAUCAAUACCUUAACAAUCACCUGCGCUACUUGCAACAACAGCAGCAGCAACUACAUAUUCAGUACCAACAACAGCUGCUAAUAGAACAACAGUACCUCAGUCAACUUCAUAAUAUACAUCAUCAUCAUCAACGCCAACGUUACGAUUACUAUAAUCAGCGUUCCCGGCUCUCAUUGCCAGUGUUGCCACGCGUCCACCUGCAACUGCAGCAAGAGCAACAUCAACAGCUAGUACGACCUGUGCAACCUAUACAGCAUACAACACUAACGCUGUUACCGUCUCAGCAGCAGCACCAACAGCCUUUGACGGCAUCAUCAUCAUCAACAGCAGCGGUGCACAACGAAGAGGAGAGCGCCGUCGCUGUCGCUGUCGCCAACGUCGUCGCUCCCACUCCCGCGUCCACAUCCGUACCGGUAACUGCCUCCUCUGUCGCCGUCAUCGCCGCCUCUGGUGCGUCCUGUACACAGCCGCAGCCGCUACCGCAGCCGCAGCAACCAUUCACCCUGUUACAACACACACAAAUGUCCAAUAAGCUAAAUCCGAAACGCCGCGAAGGACCGAUCACUACCGGUACCGGCACAACAUCGGCCGCCAAUACAUCCUCAGCCGCAAAUACAUCCUCCUCAUCUAGCUCAUCAUUAUCGUCCGCCGGAGGCGGUGAUGGUGGUAUGUCUGCCGAUCUAACUUCAUUGUUUGAGUGUCCGGUGUGCUUCGAUUAUGUCUUGCCACCGAUAUUGCAAUGUUCUAGUGGGCAUCUGGUAUGCGUAUCGUGCCGCUCGAAACUCACCUGCUGCCCAACAUGUCGCGGACCAUUGGCAAAUAUACGCAAUUUGGCAAUGGAGAAAGUCGCCUCAAAUGUGAAAUUCCCAUGCAAACACUCGGGUUAUGGUUGUACAGCUUCGCUGGUUUACACAGAAAAAACCGAACACGAAGAGACAUGUGAAUGUCGACCAUACCUUUGUCCGUGCCCGGGUGCAUCGUGCAAGUGGCAAGGCCCAUUAGAUUUGGUCAUGCAACAUUUAAUGAUGUCACACAAAAGCAUUACUACGCUACAGGGCGAAGACAUUGUCUUUCUCGCCACUGACAUCAACCUGCCCGGCGCUGUCGAUUGGGUUAUGAUGCAGUCUUGCUUCGGCCAUCACUUUAUGUUGGUGCUUGAAAAGCAAGAAAAAUAUGAUGGACACCAACAAUUCUUCGCAAUUGUGCAGUUGAUCGGCUCGCGGAAAGAAGCCGAGAAUUUCGUCUAUCGUUUAGAGUUAAAUGGCAACCGUCGACGCCUGACUUGGGAGGCUAUGCCGCGGUCCAUACAUGAAGGUGUUGCAUCUGCUAUACACAACUCCGAUUGUCUGGUAUUUGAUACAUCGAUUGCGCAACUGUUUGCGGACAACGGAAAUCUCGGCAUUAAUGUUACCAUUUCGAUUGUCUAAAAUGAAGCAACAACAUACACAUACACAAAAAAGAGAGAGAAGACAAGGACAGGGAAUAUUUGUAGAAGAUAAGAAAUAGUAGAAGAGGGUGGGAGUGACUUGGAUUUUUUCAAUUGUGAGGGAGUGCAAACCCCGACAACAAGCUUCAGCAAAAUGGGACAAAAAUAUAAAAAAAUUGGCGUACACGGUUACAUAUAUGUAUAAAGUGGGUUCAAGCAUGUAUCCAAAUAACCCAGAAAUAACAAAAAAUAAAUGCGAAAGACAGAAAUUGAAUUUUUUUUUUUACCAAAAAAUGUAUAUAUUACAAGCUAGGCCGGCAGCGUGGAAAACUUUAAACAAAAACGAACACAUUUUUACAUUUUAAAUGAAAGCCCUAAAAUAAUUUCUAAUAAAUAACCAUUGCAUGGUUUAUCCUUAUUUACUGUUCGUAGAUUGCUGGUACGUGGGAAACCCGAAAGUCAAAAUUUUCACCUAAUAAUAAAUUGUACAUUGCGUACAUACCUACAUAUAUAAAAUGAAUUUGGUUUUACUGGCAUCCCUUACUUUUUUUUAAACGAUAUGUUUGUAAACCCGUUCCAUUUUGCGUUGCUUGCCGAUUAUUGCAGAAACCGUUUUCAAAACGUUUUCGUAAAGUCAAGGCUUCAUUUGUUUCCUAUUUUUAUGUUAUUCUUCUAAAUCUAUAAAUAUAUAUAAUGUAAUGUAAUAUCAGAAAACACUUUGGUUUAAUUUAUUAUAAUACGACACAAUACUGCUCUAUCUUUUCAUGGCCAAAAUAAUACAUACCAAGGCACAAAUAUGCACUCAGAAUUAUUGUCGAUAUAUAUACAUAUGUAUGUACGUAUAUGUACCCGAAAAUACUACUGUGAGCAGAAAAUAGUAAGACUUUUUAAUUUACAUUUAGCGCUCUUUUUUUUCUAGGUUGGUAAGACUGUCAGUGACAUCUGUGCCAAAAUAAAAAAAUAAUUAGUGUUCAAUGCACGUCUUUCUAAAGUACCUAAAAUGAGUGAAAUUAUUCAAAAAAGUUCCAUUAAAUUAUGCGUUGUUGCCGAAACCUUUAUAAUGUCGGAAAAGGCAUACGGUGAUAAUUGUCAUCAACUGAUGAUCAACAUGUCAGUAAAAUAAAGAAAUUGGUGCUUGAGAAUCUACGAAUAACAGCCAGAGAUCUUACUGGCAUCGUUGGAAUAUCUAAAGGGUCAGAGAAAAACAUUUUGAAAGAUCAUUUGGGUCUAAAAAGAGAAAGCACGAUUGGUUCCAAAAUCACUAAAUUUUUUUUUGAAAAACAACGUCGCUUUAACGUCUGUGAAACUAUGCUUUCCGGCUACCAGAAUGUCAUGAAACGUAUUAUUACUGGCGAUGAAUCUUGGAUCUAUGCUUACGACCAGGAAACAAAUGAUCAAUUGGCCCAAAAUUGUGGCAAAGGUGAGUCGAAGCCAAAAAAAACCACGUCAAAGCAGGUCAAAAAACAAGGUUAUGUUGACAGUUUUGUUCUAUUAUCGAGUUGCAGUACUCUAAAAUUUCUUCCGACCGCCAAAUAGUCAACAAGGAAUACUAUUUGAGUGUUAUGCGUCAUUUGCGAGAAUUUAUAAAAAGAUGCCGGAAUUAUGGGCCGACAACUUUUGGUGUUUGCAGCACGAUAAUGCACCGUCGCAUACUGCAUUAAUUUUUCGUGAGUUUUUCGCCCAAUUUUCAACCAAUAUCGUUCAGCAACCACCAUAUUCGCCUGAUUUAGCACCGUGUGACUUCUGGCUAUUCAGCGAACUCAAGCGACCGCCUGGGGGAAACCGUUUUGAAUCAAUUGAAGUUAUUAAACGUGAAUUACAACGCGCUUUGAAGCCUAUUCCGGAAAUUGGCUUUAAUAGCUGUUUCGAGGAUUGGAAAAAACGUUGGCACAAGUAUAUUGAGGCCAAGGUGAUUACGAAACGACAUAGAUUUUGAAGAAUGAAUUAAGAAUUUUAAAACUAUGAACGAAGUCUUACUAUUGUUUGCUCAUAGUAGUAUAUACGUUAUCCGUUCGGAAACUUGAUUCAUAAUUUUGCUUGGUCCAAAGCGUUUUACUCUUCUUGCUGCUUCGGGGAAACAUGAAAACAGGUUUAAAAAAAAAUGUUUAUGUGCAGUAUGAUUGUACGCAUAUUAUGUAAAUAAAAUUGCGUAUUAAUUAAUGUAGAUUGAUCGGUCUUCGGUUAAAAUAUUUCUAUAAAUUUUAGUACACAAAGCUGAUAUUGGUGGACAUAGAUCUUUCUACCUUUGUCAACACUUUGACUACUUUCUACAAUAAAUGUCCAGUGAUAAUUCGAAACAAAGCAGUAAAAAACUUUACCUUCGUUUGCAUCGAAGCUAUAAAAUCCUUCUCAAAUACAAAAAAUCGCUUAUAAGAACUUGAUUUUGAUCGUUCAGUUUGUAUAUCUGUUACAUGCUAUAGUGAUCCGAUCUGAAAAAUUUCCUUGGAUAUUGCAUCACUGCACACUUGAUUCCAAUCGUUCAAUUUCAUUGACGGCUAUAUUGACCCGGUAACGGCAGUUCCGAUAAUUGAGCAGCACCUUGGGGAGAGGACUGACUAGCCCCCGUAUAUGUAUACAGUCAGACGGAUGAACGGACAUGGCUAAAUCGACUCAGCACGUUAUGUUGAUCAUAUAUUUAUGGGCAUAUACAUAUUAUAUAGGGUUUUAGACGUCUCCUGCGGGUUACAAACUUCGCAGCAAUCUCUAUAUACUCUGUUCAGCGUCUAAAUAUUUCUUUAGCCACAAUAUAUAUUAAAAUAAUAGUUUCCGUAAAAAUCUGAAAAAUUCUCAAAAUUUUUGUAGUCUUAAAGGGUACUAAUUCUAACUAACUGUUAACUUUAAUGUUUCUCCACAUUAUGGAAAUUUUUAAAUUUGUAUGAAUUUACCGGGGCUUAUGUAAAAUUGAAUAAAAAUGUAAAUUAUUUUUUAUAAUUGCUUAUUGCUGUACUAAAUUACAUAAUUUUGAAUGCAUUUGAGCCUGUUUGCACUAAUGAUCGACAAAAAAUUGAAAUAAAACCAAAAAGGAACCAGAACAAAGCGAAAUGUGGUGAAAAACCUUCAAUGCGGAAUGUGUUAAUAGUUUGUAAAAAAAAAUAAUAGACACCAACUUUGCAACUGAGGCAAAAAUUUAAGAACAGAUGCGAUAAUAGUAGACAAACAUAAAUAUAUAGUUAAGAAUAUGCCAAUUGGUAUAUAGUAAAACUCAAUUUGGAAUCAACGCAUAAACAAUGUGCAUACAUGCAUACGUAUAUGUUUAACACAUGUGUAUGUAUGUAUUUACUUUACUCUACGCUGACACCUAAGAAGUAAUGUAUCAUACCAUUAUUUUUACCAUACAUAUGUCCAUGGAGCAUUUGCCACAAACAAAUGGACGUAUUUAACUGUAUGUAACUGUUUUCCUACUUGAUUUCCUAAUUUUUCCCCCCCAACUGGGUUGCUUUCACCGUAAACACUUACGUUUUUCCCCCCAAAUGCAUAACGUCUAUGUUCGUAUGUAUGUAUUGUACUUUAGCGCUCUGUACAGCAACUGCACGAGCGUAUUUAUAUGAAGAUAUUUUAAACUUAAAAUAUACAUAACUUAAGCUAAACUUAUGUAUACUGAAGGAUGUAGUUAUUCUGUAAUAGGUUAGUCGAUCUCUAAAUUAUGAUUGAUGGUAAAUACUGAAGACACUAAAAAAUAACAGUAAUAAAAAAUAAAAAUAAAAAAAUUGAAAAGCGUAAAAAAUCAUAGAAAUGUGAAAAAUCAACACUAGUUUAAUUUGAUUUAAUUUUUAGUGCUCCUAUGUGACUUGUAAAUUAUCAUUAUCUAAUAUCUCAUUAAAUAUACGCAUGAACAUUUGUAACUGAACACUGUUUUCUUUCCAAUUAUCAUCCUACAAUAUGUAUGUUUGUCAUCGCUUGUAUUUAAAAACGUUGAAAUAAAUUUUAUGCCACACUUUAUGUUCAUAUCUCAAAGCAGCAACCGAAAGCGUUUAGCAGACUUUUUUUUUAAGUUUUUCACUGUUUAAUUAUGCUCCGACUUUUUAAUUUGUUAAUUUCUAUUUAAUAUCUAUUAGUGAAUCGAAAUAAUGUAAAACACGCGUUGAAAAUAACUUAAAGUGCAUAAGUAUAAGGAUACAUAAGACAACCAUAUGACGGACGUCCAAAACACGGAGCUACGAAUCGAAGUUCUUGCAAGUCAAAGGACUACAGUGAAUGUAGACAUACAACAACAUGUGUUUAAAACAUAAAAGUGAUUAGAGAAAAUAAAUAUUUAAAAAUGAA